UGAAUAUAAUCUCAAAUCAACUACAAGUAUAUAAUAAUAAUUAUAACAAUUUCUAUGGGUUUGUUUGACGUUUUACAAUCAAUUGAUUUACAGCAUGAAUCAUAUCCAGCUUAUCAAGAUUUUGCAUUUCUUCCUCUUUGUGCUAUCUUCUUCCCAACUGUCAGAUUUUUUCUUGACAAAUAUGUUUUUGAGGGUAUCGGAAGUCGGUUAAUAUUUGGAAAGGAGUUGGAGAAGCUUGAUGUCGAGACAGAAGAAAGGAAAAAAAAGAUUCGAAAAUUUAAGGAAUCAGCAUGGAAAUGUGUUUAUUAUCUAUCAGCAGAAGUUUUAGCUUUGGCUGUUACUCAUGACGAGCCAUGGUUCACUAAUACUAUCAACUUUUGGAUCGGUCCUGGCAGCCAAAGAUGGCCUGAUCAGAAAGCCAAGUUAAAAUUAAAAGUUCUAUACAUGUAUGCGGGUGGAUUCUAUACAUAUGCCAUUUUUGCUUUGAUUUUCUGGGAAACAAGACGAUCUGACUUUGGUGUGUCAAUGGGCCAUCAUGUUACAACUCUCAUUCUCAUCACAGUGUCUUAUAUUAGCAGGUUCGUGCGUGUUGGUUCGAUGGUUUUAGCCCUUCAUGAUGCCAACGAUGUGUUUCUUGAAGUAGGGAAAAUGUCUAAGUACAGUGGCUACGAAGGCCUCGCAAGCUUUUCAUUUAUUUUAUUUGUUUUAUCAUGGAUAAUACUUCGGCUUAUAUACUUCCCAUUUUGGAUCCUGCGGAGUACAAGUUUUGAACUCGUUCCUUUUUUGGAUAUAGAGAACAAUAAGAUAUUGGGACCAAUCUACUACUAUUUGUUCAACACACUUCUUUUCUGCUUGCUUGCUCUUCACAUAUAUUGGUGGGUGCUUAUAUAUCGGAUGCUUGUUAAACAAAUUCAAGAUAGAGGCAAACUUGGUGAAGAUGUUCGUUCAGAUUCUGAGAGUGACAAUGAACAUGAAGAUUGAUCGAUGAUUCUUGUAGUAAGAAGGUGAAUGGCGUGAAUUACAUCAGGAAAGAUUACCUUCAUCAAUGGAGGGGCGUGUAUAUUUGUAUGAAAUCAGUUACAAGAGUUCAAUAAGUUAUAGCAGUUGAUAGAUAUGAAGUCCAAAUGCAAUGGAAAACAAACGGAAAGGGGUUCUCUAUAUAUGUUAAUAGAUUUUGAUGCUUCUUACCAGUAAAUUUACCUUGAAACAGUAGUAUUCUCAUUUCAAUUCCGACGACUCAUCUUGUAGUCUUGUACUAUUGGAUUUUCAACAAACUGAUUCUUGACGACUUGACCAGUCCAUCAUUAUAAUUGCUUAAUUUGUUGCUUGUAGUAUAUUCUUUAUUUGGUUAUCGGUAUUAAUUCGCUAUAUGCAUUCUCAUUUAUCGUA